UUCUUAGGCACGAGGCCGCCAGUGGAAUUUUAGUCAUUGCUCAAAAUGCGUCUGCUUUGGUUGCUUGCCACGCUGGUGGCUCUAACAAGUGCUGGUAUCGUUAAGGACCCUCCCAAAGAGCGUUAUGAUAACUUCAGGGUAUACAAGCUCACUAUACAGAACAAAAUUCAAUUGGCUGUGAUCGAGAAAAUUGGCGAGCUGACGAAGAAGUACAAUAUUUGGAAGGAGUAUGACGAGCGUAGUAGGCAGAUUGAUAUUAUGGUUAGUCCUGGAGAACUGAACCAUUUUCAGGAGCUGCUUAAAUUCAAUAAUAUCAGCAGUGAGCUUAUGAUCGAGAAUGUCCAAGAGCGUAUCGACGAGGAGCAAGUCACGCCGACUGCAGAUAGCGCCACCUUUGGCUGGACGAAGUACUAUGAGCUGGAAGAGAUUGAGGCCUGGCUGGACGAGAUUCUAAACGCUUAUCCCUUGGUGACCGAGGAGUUCAUCGUUGGCCAGUCCUACGAGGGGAGAACCAUUAGAGGCAUCAAGAUCUCCCACAAGGCUGGCAAUCCUGGCAUUUUCAUCGAGUCCAACAUUCAUGCCAGAGAGUGGAUAACUUCGGCCAGUGCUACAUGGUUCAUCAAUCAGCUGUUGACCUCAGAGGAUGCCGAUGUGCGAAGUUUGGCCGAUAACUAUGAUUGGCAUAUAAUUCCCGUGUUCAAUGUAGAUGGUUUUGAGUACUCACACAAGAAGGACCGUAUGUGGCGCAAGACACGUCAGCCACAUGCCACGAAUGCCUGUAUUGGAGCUGACGCCAAUAGGAACUUCGACUCCUAUUGGCUCCAAAACAAUGGAGCCUCUAGCAAUCCCUGCAGUGAGACUUUUGCUGGGGAUAACCCUGGAUCUGAGCCAGAAGCCAAGGCCUUGGUCGAGUAUCUGACCAAAAUCCAGGACCAAAUUAGUGUGUACAUAUCCUUCCACUCAUAUGGACAGUAUUUGCUUUCGCCCUACGGACAUACCAAGGAGGAGUUCCCAGAAAACUACAAUGAUAUCCUGACUAUUGGCAAAGCUUUUGCCGAUGCCAUUGAAGCACUGCCGUACGGAACCGUCUACCAGUAUGGUUCUACAGCUGACGUGCUUUAUGUGGCCACUGGAACCUCCGUGGACUGGGUGUUCAACGAGCUGGGCAAGAAGAUCGGUUACACAAUCGAGUACCGUGAUAAGGGUCGCUACGGCUUUAUCCUGCCACCAGUGCAGAUCAUUCCCAACUGCGAAGAGCUAAUGGUUGGCAUGCUGGCUUUAAUCGAAAAGACCAAGGAGUUGGGCUACUUGUAAGAGUACGAUUUAUUUGUCCUGAUUAUAUGGUUUAUUCGUGUCCAUUAAAAUACCUAACAUAA